AAUAUUUGUUGGUGUUUAUUUGUUUUGUUUAACUGACUUGUGUACAAGAGCGUUCUUAACAGACCGAAUUCCAGAGACUGACUGGCCUCGAAUCAGGCCCACUUUAGCAAAAGUAGUGGGGGUAUAUCGGAAUCAGGAAUAUAACGGAAUCCUGACUAACGGUUUUACUGUAAUAUCUGGUCUACGCAAAGUAAAGAUAGAAGAAGGGUUAAGCACAUUAAGAAAAGGGCGCUGGUGUAUGACUCCACGACUUGGUCGUCACGUUUUCAUCGUCAUCGUAGACUGCAACUUCAGAAUGGUUUUGAAAUACGCGCUUUACAAUUAUUUUGGGAAUUAUAUUAUAAAGAUUAAAAUAUUUCUUUCCUCUCUUUUUUUUUUUUUCCUAAUUAGAGUCAACCACAGAUGGAGUACAUUACAAUGUUUCAUGAAAGAAAGUUGGGAAGCGCUGAAUGUUAGGUAGAAAAUGGCCGGGAGUAUACCAAUCGAAAAGGUUCAGGGUUGUUCGAGAGUGUUCGUAUUUUAUAGAGGGCGUUGGUGAAUGACAGAGAGGAGAGUGUGUGAGAGAGAGACAAGGGCCGGUGGUGAAGGGGAGAACCAACCAUCGUCGUCAUCGUCGUCGUCGUCAGACGAGGCAUACAGCAGCAUGCACAGCAACGACAGACAGCACCGUCGUGCUAAAGUGGAAGGUUCGGGUGGUUUAAAACAGAAAAGAGAGAAAUAAUAAAAGUUAACUCUGUUUUCGAGUUAGGCCAAUAAGUGACGAAAUUUUUUCAGAGAGAAAGAGAUUGUUAAAGAAAGAAGAAAAUAACGUGUGAACAGAGAUAAACGUAAGGACCCGGGAGGUGUGUUAAACAACAGCAAACGUUUAAAAAGUGUUGAGUGUAUGUUUCUCUCUCUUAAGAGAAAAAUAGAAAGAGAGAAAGAGAGAGAGAGAAAGGUAAAAGUGCAUUCCUAUCCCGUAUGUGUCUUCUUCUUCUUAUUCGGUGCGUCGCCGUCGGCCAUUGUCUCUGACAUGGAAGCCUAUCAAAAUGGCAGAGAUCGUGCAGAUGUUUUUGUUUCUUUAUAAAUCAAAAUAUCGUCGUAAACGUCUUAGGCAACCGACACGACAAGUAGAACUGAUUAAACGGUUUAAAGAGUGCGGUGCUGGGAUCACGGUGCCAUGCUUGACUCCGCUCUGGUGGGCGGUGUUGCUCUGCUGUUGGCUCCUGCACCUUUCGGCUGCCUCCUCCUCCUCAUCUACAACGACGACUACCGAACCCAGUUGCGACACCGAAACCUGCAUCAACGGGGAUUGUGUCAAUGGUACAUGCUUGUGUCGCGAGGGAUGGCAGGGUCCUGCUUGCCAAUUUUGCGGUGGCAAAGUCAAAUUAACGGAACCAAGUGGAAGCAUUCACGAUGGUAUAGGGAAUUACACGGCAGACGUGAGAUGUUCUUGGUUGAUCGAGAGCACCCCAAAUUCCACGAUACGUAUGCACGUAGAACUGUUUGCAACGGAAUGUGGUUGGGACCACCUGUACAUUUACGACGGUGACAGUGUCGAGGCACCUUUACUUGCAAUAUUCAGUGGUCUUAUGCACAAAGACGGUUAUCAUAUACGCCGUGUACCCGAAGUAAUAGCACGUUCCGGGAGCGCCUUGUUACACUUUUAUUCGGACGUUGCCUAUAACAUGAGCGGAUUUAACAUCACUUACAAGAUUAAUGCCUGCCCGACUAGGUAUUCCUACACCGAUUGUUCUGAUCAUGGUGUCUGUGUAGAGGGUACAUGCGCAUGCGAUGCCUUAUGGACUGGAAAAGCAUGCGAUGUACCGAUUUGUCCAAAUAAUUGUUUGCACCAUCGUGGACAUGGUGAAUGCAGUAGAUUAAAACGUCGUUGUGAAUGUAAUCAUGCUUAUAAGGGUGUGGACUGCAAUCAAAAGAGAGAACAUGGAUUUUGGGAGAGUAUUACUUACAAGGACUUUUCACCGGAAGGUUCAGCCAGUCAUUGUUCUAUCGUUUGGAAAGAUUCGCUUUACGUGGUUGGUGGUGAAAGUUUUCAUCGUGCCAAGAUGAUUUAUGUUUACGAUUACAAUGGUAACGUUUGGGAGACUCCUCAUGUUGAGGGUAAACUACCUGCACCUAGAUAUGCACAUUCAUGCGUACUAUUCGGAGAUAAGAUAUUUAUGUAUGGUGGUGUUGUACAAAACUCUACCGUAACCAAUGAGAUCUGGGCAUUUGACGUGUCGGCUAAGGUUUGGGAAAACGUUACCGUGCACGAUAAUUGUCGAAAUAAAACAAUGUGCGGACCAUUGAAGGCAGCCGGGCAUACAGCGACACUCGUUCAAACUUAUGGGGAAAAAGAGAAAAUGGUUGUGAUCUUUGGAUAUUCACCUCAGUAUGGUUACUUGAAUACCGUCCAGGAAUAUUACUUGGGAACUCGUGAAUGGCAAAUUGUUGAGACAAUAGGUUUCCCCGUUAGUGGGGGAUACGGUCAUAGUUCAGCUUACGAUCCUUUGACACAUUUAAUAUAUGUCUAUGGUGGAUACGUGUCCGAGUCACAAAGCACUCAAAUUUUGACGAAUAGACUCUACUCUUAUCAUCCAAAAUACCGGGAGUGGAGAUUGUUAACGGCCGCACCAUCAGCAAGAUUCUUUCACACUGGUAUCUUUAUUUCUGGCGGUUUAAUGCUAGUAUUUGGUGGGAACAUGCAUAACGAUACUCAACACUCGCACGGGGCUAGGUGUUAUUCCGCAGAUACCAUCGCAUACGAUGUCAUGUGUGACACUUGGCAACAUUAUUUUGUACCUAGGGAAAUGACCGAUUUGCCAAGAUAUGGACAUAGUGCAACCGUUUUCGAAGAUUCUAUGUAUAUUUAUGGAGGAUUCGAUGGUCAAAUGUUAUCCGACAUGUUGAGGUAUACACCGGGACAUUGUGAAAACAUGAAACAAAAUGAGUGUUUGAACGCGAGGACAGGUGUAAAGUGUGUGUGGGACAAAGAAAUAAAACGGUGUAUUGCAAUAACUAAAAUAUUGCGGCAUGAGUUACUCGAAGACGAUAUGCAUGAUGGAAGAUACACGAAGUGUUUGGACGACACCCCACCUAGAGGAUUAACUUCGCAUAAGGAAUUGUGCAAGCUUUUAACCGACUGCGUUGCUUGCGUACAAACUUCAUACAAUUGUGUUUGGUGUGGUAAAAGUUGUUCGUACGAAAUAUGUCGGGAUAUCGCAAAUUCACCGGCAACCGAAGUUAUCAAGGAUUUGGAAAAGUGCGAUGCUCAUACUGGGAUCGAAUGUUAUCAAUUGCAUACGUGUCACGCUUGUUCGAGUGAUCCCCGUUGCAUUUGGUCUUGGUCAAAUGGUCCGGAUCGUUGCAAACCACAAUCAAAGACACGCGAGAUCACAAGUUUAAAUGGUACCAUUCAAGCUCAACGUUUAACAAUGGAAACUUGUCGAAGUCCAUGCUCGGAAUAUACUUCCUGUAGGAAUUGUACAGAAUCAGAUUGUAUUUGGUGUCAGAACGAAGCUAAGUGUGUCGAUAAAAAUGCAUAUCCUGCUAGUUUUCCAUAUGGUCAAUGUCGUGCAUGGACAACGCUCGAGGCAAGGUGUCGUGCUACUGGAAAUGGAAGAGAAUGGUGUAGCUUUUAUUUGUCAUGUUCGACGUGUAGAUCGGAUCCUGGUUGUGGAUGGUGUGACGAUGGUUCUGGUACAGGAAAAGGACAUUGUUUACCUGGUGGUGCCCGUGGUCCAAGCAGCAGGAGUUUAGAAACGUGUUCGCUUGAUCAUUGGUACUUUACCACUUGUCCCACUUGUCAAUGCAAUGGUCAUAGUAAGUGUCUUCCAAAUAGCAGUGUUUGUAUUCAACCGUGUGGAAAUUUAACUUCCGGACAGAAUUGUGAUAAAUGUAUUCCUGGCUAUUAUGGAAGUCCUUUGAACGGAGCAACGUGUCAACCAUGUUCAUGCAAUAAUCAAGGAACACAGUGUUCUAGCGAGACUGGUAAAUGUUUUUGCACGACUAAAGGCAUCGUUGGUGAUCAUUGUGAACGAUGUGACGUAACAGGUCUUUAUUAUGGCGAUCCUGCGAAUAAAGGAUCCUGUUUUUACGAUUUGGUUAUCGAUUAUCAAUUUACAUUUAAUUUAAGUAAAAAAGAAGAUCGUCAUUACAGAGCAAUUAAUUUUAAAAAUUCACCACCCAAAGCUGACAUUGAUGCCGAAUUUUCUAUAACAUGUUCAGUUCUUGCUAAAAUGAAUGUUACUAUUAAAAGACCAAACAGUUUAGAGAAGCCACUUCUUUUGGGUGCCAAUUGUACAACAAACAUGUAUAAACAUCGUUUUAGUAAAGCGGAUUAUAAUUUUGGCAGCGAAGAAAACAAUACUUUAACGACGUUUUAUGUAUACGUUUAUGACUUUCAACCACCAUUGUGGAUUCAAAUUUCAUUUUCACAAUAUUCUAAAUUAAAUCUACAACAAUUCUUCAUAACAUUUUGCACAGAUUAUAUGCCACCACACAGGUGUUUCCUUGCUCUACUUUUGGUAGCAGCGAUUUUAUGGAAGAUCAAACAAAAAUAUGACAUGUAUAGAAGAAGACAAAGAUUAUUUGUAGAGAUGCAACAAAUGGCAAACAGGGCGUUCAGUCAAGUACUCGUAGAAAUCGAGAGGCGAGAUGUCGUUGACAACGAUGUUGACAAUAGAUGUGACAGCGAAUAUAAUAAUAGUCGAAAAAAGAAAAAGGAUGCACCUAGUCCAAUCGCCCUAGAGCCCUGUUGCGGUAACAGAGCAGCGGUUUUAUCCUUGCUAGUCAGAUUGCCUACCGGUGGUGAACCGUUUACACCAGCUGGACAAAGUGCUGGCUUAGCGGUAGCCUCAGCCUUAGUCACAUUGGGUAGUCCUCGCAGACCAUCCCAAGAAUUAACGACGAAAGAACCGAAGAAAACUAGAAAAUCGGCGAGUCAACAUCCUGAAUCAACAUGUAUUUAGCGAUAAACCGAAGAAAGUAGACAAAAAAAUGCAAUAUUUCCAAUGCAACUACGAGAGAGCCUUAGAAUCGUUUCUGUGAUCUUGCCUGUAAUUAGUGGCAGGACAAUCGAUUAAUCUUAUUAAUUAUGACAGAGUGCAAAUGUCAAUGCCCAACACACACAUAUACACGAUCUAUAAAUUCAUUAUGAAUUUUGUUCACGUACAAAAUUCAUUUUGUCGUCGAAGGAUGAAUAAUUGAAACGUUGUUAAAAAAAAAAAAAA